GAAAUUUAAGUAAAUGCCAUUAAUUCACCCCUUGUGACAGCUGAGUUAGCUAGCUACGUUAGCCGUGUACUGUCUUGACGCCACUCGUUAACGCGCUGUAAUAACUAGCUAGCGAAUAGCAUACUAGCUAGUGAGCUACAACUUUAAAGUCCAAUUUAAAACUAGACAUCUUAGCAAACUAGACACAGUAAUGAAAAAGCUGCUCGUUAUGAAUCGCAUUACCCUCGAUUACCUAGCAAACGUUUAAUUUACACAGUAGGUACAAAUAUAUACAUCUGUCUGUGGUAACGUUAGCUAGUUCUUGAGACUGAAAGACCUCAAUUACGUUAGCAUUGACAUCAAUGCAUAACGAGCUAACGUUAGUACAGCUACUGCAUGGACAUCUAUACUAGUUAUUGCAUAAAUAACAAUACCAUAUUUUAAUGAAAUAAUUACAUACUUUUUUAGCACUGGUUUGAUCCCUUUGGAAAGUCGAUAGCAGGAAAAUUACAGAUUCUUUUCUUCUUUGUUCAACCGGUUCCUUAUUCAUGUGACACAAGCAGGAACGAAUGUCAUCGAGGCAAAACAAUUUGCGUGGAAUGAACUGCAGUAGAAUAGGCUUUACAUUAGCGAGCUUGUAUAUUUUAUGUCUGGAUUUGAUCGGAUAGCAAGUGUGAACCACAUGAUGAUUGAUAAUGGAAGAUCGAAUGUGGUUGUCGACAUUAUUUUUUGCCAAAUGAGCUUGGCUGGAGAUGAUCAUGGGACGAUACACUGAUUGUGCUCAAGAGCUUUUGUACAAGGCAGAGGAUGAUCAUGGAGAAGAGCUGUCAGAAGAUGAAGAGGCUGAAGAGGAGGAUGGACCGAUCGAUGAAGAAGCCCAACUUAAGGCAAGCAUAGGACUGCCUGUGGAGUUCAUAAGUUCCUCUGCACAGAAAAGAGCUGUACGUAGUAGCAAGUAAACAUUGCCUAUGUCUGUCCGUCACCAUAGAGUCCACCUAAAAGAAAGAAAAAAGAUAAUGUUGCUCCGAUGCUCUCUCUCUUGAAGGGGAGAAAGUUGAUGAGGAAGAAUGCCAUCCACUGGGAAGCAGCUCCUGAGAAUUUGGAUAAAGAAGAUCCACCUUCACUCCAGGUGGAGAAGAAUGAUUCCACUGUUGAAAUCACCAAGGUUGCAUUUGAUUUGAUCUCAGUGAGGGGCCAGGAGGAAAACCUCCUCCACCCUCCCAGGCAAAAGUGGUGCACUAUAUAGGGAAUAUGGUGCCAUUUGGGACACAUCCUGUGAGAAGAAAGACAGAAGACAAAAACCCAUAUGUACCACUUUGGAAUCGAUAGCCACUUGUCCCUUUCUCUUCCCCCAGAGCAGUGGAUAGGUCUCGUCACUGAGGAGGGUUUCCCUCACGCCUCCAGGUGAGAUGCCCAGGAGGUGAUCACUUUUUAGGGCCUUCACACACUCCUUCUGGGGCCCGUGGAUGACACUGAACACCUCCAACAGCAGCUUGAACCCUACAGAGAACAAUAAAAGAUCCUGCUUUUAGGUUCUAAGUGGCUCAUGUAGUAAGAAUGGACUACGGCAGCUAUAGGCUAUACACUUUACUGAUCAACUACAGAGGGCUGAAUGUAACAUCUCACUUUUAUAUUUAGAUACAGGGAAAUGGAACUGUGAAGAUCUUACCUGGAACUUUGAACAGAAAGUAAUGAGUGACUGAGUGAACAAUCCGUCCCUUUUGAAUGAUGACCUUUGCCAGAAAGUAAUAAUAGUCAAUGGGAAUAGCCCCAUGAUAAUAGACUAUAAGAGCUGCUCCUUCAUCGGGAAUCUUCUCCAUACCAUGGAUUUCAUAUCCUGUUUUGAAAUAGACACAUUUAUAUAAGCAUUGGCAAUAGUCAUUGACUAGUCAAGCAGCGCCGAUGGAGAGCCGACUCCAUGUCGUGACCCAGGGGAGUCAGAGUUUGGAGGAAGGCUGAAGUGAAGUCAGGCGGGCACUAGUGAAGUGAUCGAUCUGAUUGGGCAGACUUUUGUCAGUGGUAGCUGACCAGUGUGAUUAGGGCCAACAGCAAGCAGACCAUGUCAGUGGAAAUGAUGAUAAACCUUGUGAUGGUGGUAAUCGCAAAAGAGCUGCCUCCUCAAACACCAAGCCCACUGAGUCAAGAGAGAACAGUGGCGCGCACCACUGCCUGACUCAACGUCUCCCUCUCCUCUGGGAUUUUCCAUCCUGUCCGUGACUGAUCCCAUACAACACGACACUGCCCUCAUUUAUAUGGCAUAGUAUAUCUGUUUUAUCUGGCUUUGUAGAAAUGUUUUAUACCACAUGCCAACUUCCUUUUCCCUGUUUUAUCCUUUUGAUCAGAAAACAUGUGUGUGUCCUGUAGCUCAGUUGGUAGAGCAUGGCGCUUGUAACGCCAGGGUAGUGGGUUCGAUUCCCGGGACCACCCAUACGUAGAAUGUAUGCACACAUGACUGUAAGUCGCUUUGGAUAAAAGCGUCCGCUAAAUGGCAUAUAUUAACAUGAAUGUAGAAUGUAAUGUUGAAGGGAUAAAUGAAUGUACACGUUUCUUCCCUCCAGACACAGGAUGGGUGUUCCCGGAAAAAUAACAAUGGAUCAAGUGAGAGAAGAGCAUCUAAUAGUGAAGGUGAUGAAACACCACAUAGAAGAAUUGCAAAAGUAAAGUGGAGUCAUGAACUGGAUGUGGAGGACAACCCUCAGAUGUCUGUAGAGGAAGCCUGGGAUAAACUGUGAUUAAAGUGCAGCCACGACCCCAUGUUUAAGAGUGUGCUGCAGUUUAAGCCCCAGUCACCACCAGGGUGGGAAGGCUGGGAGGAAUAGGAAGCUACAUGGAGGUAGGAGAGCAUCCUGCCACAUCAACACACCUUCUUUAUUGAAGAGGGAGAUGCCACAGAUGCCACUUACUUUCAAAAACAAAUGGCUCCAUCAUCCAGCAGGCCCAGUAGAAAUGACUUCAGCACGGAUUAAGCCUAUUAUCACAUGUCCUGAUCUGUCUUCAGGUUCAGAGGUUCCUCCAGAAAGUUCAGAGAGGAAUACCCCUCUGGAGUUGGACAGUGCUGAGCAACCCUCUCAUCAGAACCUCUUCACCAGAAUAGAAGAUGAAGAGGAUGAUGAGAUUCAAUUCAGAAGAGAGGUGUACUCACUGGACAUACCGGACUACUUAGUUCCCGGAGCACCUGAACACAAUAACACAGAGGCUACUGGGAAGAAAAGGAAGAACAAUAAUACCAAGAAAACAGAGAAAUGUGGAGUGAUGCCAGCUGAGAUUGCAGUGGAGCCUGAGCUGGCUAAGUACUGGGCCCAGCGCUACCGGCUCUUCUCCUGGUUCGAUGAGGGCAUCAAAUUGGAACAAGUGUCACAGGUUCUGUUCCGAGUGCAUCUGCCCACCUGUCAGUUUCUCCUCCCCGGGAGCUGUGCUCGAUUUGGCUCUUCUCUCCAUUGGUUUGCAGGAACUUUUCAAUAUAACAGUCCUAUGCUAGCCAUUGACAUCGACCCAGUGCGUCUGGCCCUGGCCCAGCACAACGCCCAGGUCUAUGAGGUGGCCGAGCACAUCGACGUUGUGCAGGGAGACUUCCUAAAGCUGGCACCACGUCUUAGUGGGGAUGUGGUUUUCAGACUACUUCAGCGCAGACGUCUUCGAUAUCAAGAGCAUGAUGGCUCCAGAUGGUUUUGACAUUUUCAGGUUGUCCAAAAUAAUAUCCGAUAAUAUUGUGUACUUCCUGCCACUUAAUGCAGACAUGUAUCAGUCCUCACAGUUUUGACCCGUGCGUGUUUCUCGGACUCUGUACCUGCCUGCCCAACCAUUCAGCCUCCCUUGACUUCGAGCCCGCCUGCCACACUGUACCUACUGGACGCUGAACUGGUUUUGACCUUUUGCCUGUCCACGACCAUUCUCUUGCCGACCCCUUUUUGGAUCAAUAAACAUCUAAGUGUCCAUCCAACUGCCUCCUGUGUCUGCAUCUGGGUCUCGCCUUGUGCCCUGAUAGAGAAGUAGAGGAGUAUUGGUUGUUUUUCAUCUUAUUUUGAUUUACAGUCUUUGUGCAUGCUAGUCUUGCUUGGCUAAUCGUCUACCAUUGAGUCAAGAUGUACAGUGCAUUCGAAAGUAUUCAGAAAUGCAAACAUUUCUAAAAACCUGUUUUUGCUUUGUCAUUAUGGGGUGUUGGGUGUAGAUUGAUGAGGAUGUUUGUUGUUUAAUCCAUCCAAAAUAAGGCUGUAACGUAACAAAAUGUGGAAAAAUUGAAGGGGUCUGAAUACUUUCCGAGUGCACUAUAUUUGUUGAUAUUUCAGUGUAAAUUACAUAACAGUAAUAGUCUGAAGGCCUUUAGAGGUGUGAGGUUUCUGCAGGGCCUCUUAUCUGGAGGAGGUUAAAGGCUACGUCCCAACUCCACCCUUCUCCUAAAGUGUGCACUUGCACACUUCCCAUUUAACAAUGGGAAGUCCCUCCAGACAAUGCUUACACCAAUCCAUUGCUUUUAAAUCCAUGACGGGGUAGUGUGCAAGUGCAUAGUUUGUCUGAAGUGUGGAGAAAUGGGACUUAGCUGUAGUCAGAGCUGAUGAUGCCAGGCGUCAGCCUGCCCUGCUGAGCCUGUACUGAGCGUGUUCUUGGGAAUACCCAUACUUCUCCUUUUUAUUUAGAUGACUUCCCAUGUCUGUGCUCUGUGCUCUGUGCUAUCUGCUAUCCAGUGGCCUGGGGCUGUAUGUGUUCACACUGUCAGAUCACAGGCUCCCAGAGCAGGAACAGGCCUCAUACUGUAGACCUCAUUGAAAUUGUAUUCUGCCACCAUCAUGUAUUUUAUCAGCAGUGUAACAAAGCAGGCCAUCACCUAUUUGAUAACACAUUGACCUGGUUACUUAGCAGUGGGAGAUCUAGCUAUAGCCUUUUAUUGCAUAUCUACUACUAUAAAAAGCUAAGUCCGUGUUUGCUGUUAUUAGAAGAUAAGAAGUAUACUGAGUAUAGAAAAAAUAUGUGAACCCUUUAGAAUUACCUGGAUUUCUGCAUAAAUUGGUCAUAAAAUUUGAUCUGAUCUUCAACUAAGUCACAACAAUAGGCAAACCGUGUGCUUAAACUAAUAACACACAUUGUAUUUGUCUUGUCUACGGUAUAUGGAAUUGAAACAUUCACAGUGUAGGUUGGAAAAAGUAGGUGAA